UGUCAAUGUGGUGGAUAGCUAGGAUGGAACUGUAAGACAUGAAGAGCUGUCUGUCGUCAUGCCAUGGACACUGGUAUAGGAGAAGAAAAACAAGUGAGCACAACAACAUUGGCCGUAAGAAAUCCUCCCCCUCUUCUUCUUCUUCUCCUCCAAUCAAUGCUGCCUGUUCUCCCCUGAGUUUCCAUCAACUUGGUGCUAUUUUUACAGGCGUCGUAAUCUGGUUCCAGUUCCUCUUGGUCCAUCAUUCUAGGCAGGGGCCAAACUGGACUCAACGGGACUCACGCUGCCUUUCUUAUCAUCCGCCUCCCCCCAGCCAUCGGCCUUUUCUUCCUUCUCUCUCUUUCUGCUUCCUUGUUUUCUCCCCCCAAUUAAUCGCAAUAACAUCAUCCCACGUUCACGGCGGAGUGUUUGCCGUUAGUCACUCGUUCUUUCCUUUUAGACUUUUGUUUCUGCCCGGUGCAUUGCAAUCUUCUUCCGUCUUCCAAUUAUCUUGAUUCCGCACUCUCGUUCAUAACUCCUUCCACGGUUGACAAUGAAGUUCAACUCUCUUGCCUUGACUGGGGCCUCGCUGCUCCUAGGCCGCGCCAUUGCGGCUGACUUGCCCGAGAUUGCCAUCAAGGUAUGUUGACGAGAGACAGGGCGAGGAGGGAACGGGUGUUGACACGUCGGUUUGCGCAGGGCAACAAGUUCUUCUACUCCAACAACGGAACCCAAUUUUACAUGCGU